CUCUCUCUCUCUCUUCUGGCAAAUUCGACGAACCCAGAAGAAAAACAAAAAUUGGAAAAAAGAAAGAAAAGCAAAGAUCCCUCAUUUUGCCAGGAGAAAUUACGCGCUCCCACCUCUCUCUCUCGUUGUCUCUCUAGCAGCCAGGUCGCGGCUCCUUCUUCCGCCUUUCCGCUGCGGAAAUCGAUCGUCGUCGUAGUCGUCGGCAACUCGUCGUGGUAAUCUCCUCCACCGUCCGUCAGAUCUCCGGCCUGAUUCCGAUUUCCACAAGCCGUUCAUUCCUUCUAUAACUUCCAAUUGAGCAUUGAUUGGAGGCUAUCAAUGAAGAAGGUCUUCGACCAGACUGUUAGAGACCUAAAGAGAGAGGUUAACAAGAAAGUGCUUAAAGUUCCUGGUAUAGAACAGAAGGUUCUUGAUGCUACCAGCAAUGAGCCCUGGGGUCCUCAUGGAUCACUACUUGCAGAUAUCGCACAAGCAAGCAGAAACUAUCAUGAGUACCAGAUGAUUAUGUCAGUGAUCUGGAAGCGAAUCAAUGACACAGGCAAGAACUGGCGACAUGUCUACAAGGGGUUGACUGUUUUGGAGUAUCUUGUGGCUCAUGGGUCAGAACGAGUCAUUGAUGACAUAAAGGAACAUGGUUAUCAAAUAUCGACAUUGUCCGACUUUCAGUAUAUUGACUCCAGUGGGAGGGAUCAGGGCAGCAAUGUCAGAAAGAAAUCUCAAAAUCUUGUGGUUCUCGUGAAUGAUAAAGAAAGGAUUGUUGAAGUCAGGGAGAAAGCUGCUGCGAACCGAGAAAGGUUCCGCAGCCCAUCGGCUGGUGGUAUGUACAGGCCUGGUUCUCAAUCCAGUGGAGGAUAUGCCGAACGGUACGAUGAUGAUCGCUACGAGGGACGCUAUGGAAGCAGGGAUGAAGAGCGGAAUGGAUAUGGUAGAGAAAACAAUAUAGGGAUGAUGACCGAUAUGGUAGAUAUGGCCGAGAUGGAAACAGAGAUGAAGAACGCUAUGGUCGCGAUGGAUACAGGGAUGACGAUUACAGAGGAAGAAGUCGUAGCAAUGACGGCUAUGGUUCGAGAGGCAGGAGUUCUGAUAGAGAUAGAAGUCAUGGUUAUGAUGACGAUGGCCAAUACUCAUCUCGUGGUGGUGCCAGAGGUGAUGAUCAAUCUCAGGACGGGAGGCCCCUCGAGAGAAAGUUUUCCGAGCAAAAUAUUGGUGCACCCCCUAGUUAUGAAGAAGCUGUGAAUGAUGCCCGUAGCCCUACACACAGUGAAAAGAAUGGAGAAACUUCACCACCAUCUGGCCCCGCAGCUUCCUCGCCUUCGGCCCCUCAAUCUUCUUCUCCACCUGCUCCUCAAGCUUCUCAAUCUGCAAGCAGUAGUGCCAUCCAAGAACCCACUGGUGUCAGCUCGUCUGUGUCUCCAGCCAAUCAGGAAGUGGUGGUAGACGAGUUUGAUCCACGUGGUUCUUUUGCAGCAUUUCCAACUGCUGGAGCAGCUCCAGCUGCCUCAACUGCUCCUACAACCGUAAAUAAUGCUGAAAUGGAUUUGCUUGGUUCUCUCUCAGAAUCAUUUGGUCCAUUAGCAAUUGUUCCAGCUUCUUCUCCUACUACUACUGCGUCUGAAGCUGAUAUUCAGCCAAGUUUCUCAGGACCCUCAUUUACUUCAGCACAGCCAACAGCUUCUUUUGCUAAUCAAGGGUUUGAAGAUCCAUUUGGGGAAACUCCCUUCAAGGCUGUUCCUUCUUCAGAACAACAAAAUCAACCUUCUGUUUCUGCUGCGCCAUUCCAGAAUUCUGUGAACCCAUAUGCUGAACUGCCACAUCCAUCUGUUUCCAACGCAGAAAUGGAGAAGAACUCGCCCUUUGGUGAUGCAGCCUCUAGCUUGACUUAUUCAGCACCUAAUUUUCAGCCUGCAUCAACUAACUCUCAGUUUUUACCUCAAGAACUGUCCUCCUCAAGUCUAGAAACCGAUAUACUGGCUGAUAUCCUCCCACCUUCUGGUCCAUCCAUAGCCCCACCACAGGCCGGAUUUCCAGCUCAAACCGCGCAAACCUCAUUCCCGGCUGGGAAUGGUUAUGGAAACUUCAAUUCGCAAACAGGACAAACAGUCCCAGCUGCUCCAAACAUGGCCCCUCCAAGUUCACAGUUCGGUGGCGGUCAUUUUCUGCCGCAGGGAGGUUCCAUGGGUCCCACUACACAGAACAUGGGACAGCCUACACAGUUCAACAAUGGGAACUUACUUCCACAGCCGGGGUAUGGGGGGCCACCUCAACAGAUGGCAGCUGGACCCUCUGGACAACUAAAUAAUGGAAACAUGUUCCAUAACCCGAACACUACCAGCUCAAUGCCUUCACAAGUCCCUUCUUUUACGCCCUCUGCUCAUCAGAACACGGAUGGCUUAGGUGGUUUGUUUGGACAGGGAUCGAGUGCUCCAAUGCCUCCCCAGCAAGUUAGUCAGACUUUGGCUUCUCAGCCCAGUCUCUCUUCUUCUACUGGGGCCCUUGUUCCUGUUCAGCAACCAUCCAAGGACAAAUUCGAAACCAAAUCCACAGUUUGGGCAGAUACACUCAGCAGAGGGCUAGUCAACUUGAACAUAUCAGGGUCCAAGACCAAUCCGUUGUCAAACAUUGGAAUAGAUUUCGACGCAAUUAAUCGCAAGGAGAAGAGAAUGGAGAAACAGCCAGCCACUACUGCAGUCACGUCUACUAUCACUAUGGGGAAAGCCAUGGGGUCUGGUUCUGGAGUCGGCCGAGCUGCGGCUACUGGUCUGAGGCCAGCCUCAAACCAGAUGAUGGCCCCCGGCAUGGGUAUGGGCAUGGGUGGCGCUCCGGGCAUGAGUAUGGGAGGGGGUCCAGGCAUGGGCAUGGGUAUGGCUGGUGGCCCUGGUCCGCGUAUGGGUAUGGGCGGCGGCCCUGGUCCGGGUAUGGGUAUGGUUGGCGGUCCAGGUUCGGGUAUUGUCAUGGGAGGCUACGGAGGGAUGCCUCAGCAGCCCAUGGGGAUGGGAAUGAACAUGGGGAUGAAUAUGGGAAUGGGAAUGGGAUUGGGGCAGGGUCCAGCUAUGCAGCAGCCUCAACGUGGACCACCGAUGAUGCCCGGUGGAUAUAACAAUAUGAUGGGUGCAGGUGGCUACCCUCAACAGCCCUACGGCGGAAGAGGCUACCAGUGACGAGACAUUCUAGUUGGCUCCCCUCCUUUGUCAGAUGAGAUCCCGUAGCCGUUGUUUGUACAAGACUCGAGGUAAUGAAUGCUCAUUCAUAGUCCAGAAUCUUAAACCAAUGCGGGGAUUGAUAAGUCCGAAGAAGUGCAUCCUUGUCCCCUGUAUGCAGUUCGCAUGUUUUUUGACUGACAAUUGGUGAUCUCGCUAGAGAUUCAUGCGAUGUGGUUGUUUCUUAUAUGGUUUGUGUAUUCAUUUAUUCCCCCUUCUAUUUGCUUACCAUUUUGUCAUUCAUUGUUAUUUGGGGUUGAGAAUAGAGUUGAGGAAGAAGUACUGUUGAAUUGGUUUUUUUGAAGAUGAGUCUCUGCAGCUUGUAAUAUGCUUUCCUGCUAAACGAACAAGGUCCUGAAGGUUUGGUAGCCAUAUUCACCUUUGCUUUAUUUUCCAGGUCUCCAUUUUUCAUUUCUAUGUAACUGAGGUUUCAUCUAUACUUUAUUGGCUCCUGGGUUUACCGAAUGAGAACAAUAAAUCUGUGAUAGUUUGUUGCCCUGCUUCAAUUCGUUCCACCUCUUAUUCGCUCUGCAUUCGCUGUCCGCUGUAAUGUCGAUUUUCUGCUGAUUGUAUCCCUUUGGAGAGAAUAUUCAAGGUGCAAUAUAUACCCAAUCUUGUAGCUAAAUAUAUAUUCUGGUUUCUGGAUUCGAAAAUAUU